AUGGUCUGUGCCUAUCCGCCUACAUACUCAGAUGAACCACCUGCUAUAGAUGAUGGCGAUGACGGUGGUGGUAGCUACGGCAAUAUUGGUGGUUAUGGUUUCGGUUCGACUAUAGAAUUGAGCGAAAAAAUACGGCCCACCAUAAAGACAGUUACAGCUGCUAAUGCAUCACCAACAAAAGGUAGCAACACAAAGGAUUCAACAACAAAACAAUCAACCACACAUAUGCAACCAGCAUUUGCCUAUGAGGCAACUGUGCCGCCGCAUGUUGAACAAAAUCCAUUGAAAGACAUUUCAGUCGCUACUAAUGUCAACAACAACAAUAACAACUACAAUGCUGAACAGGAUGGAGAAGCAUCGAAAAAAAUUAUUGGCUCCAGUGUUGUUACAUCCGUAUCUGUCAUUCUAAAUGGCAACGAACCUGAAUUCACUGAUGCGGUUGGUCAAAAAGUACCCAAACCACAACCAUCAUUACAAGUAGCAAGUCCAAUUAAUUUACUAAAUCCAGAUCGCUAUGAAUUCUUCACAUUCGAUGAAAAUGGUGAAUUAGUAAAACGCCUGAUGACUAUGCAAGAAAUUCAAAGUAUUGUUGCAAAUGGUGAUGGUGAAGGUCCAACCAUUAUACACACUCCACCUCUAACAGAACGCGAUCCAGAAAAAAAUGUUGAAGAUAUUGUCAACAGUGUGCAGACUGUGCUUAAUAAACAAGUGGAAUCAUCGAAAAAUGUGACUAAAGAUACUUUACCAGUUUUAGACACUCCAGACGUAUCAUCUUCUUGGUCCUUAAUAUUGCCAGCGAUAUUUGGUAAUACUGGUGGCGAUAUUUUCCCACAACAAAAACCACAACAAAUUGUUAUGACGCCAGAUUCAGAGCUUGUAGAAACGUCGACUAAAUCUGCACCAACACGUGUCACCAAAAAACCACAAAGAAAGCGUAAGCCCGGACAAAAACGUAAAACAACAACAGCGAAGCCAACACCACAAGUUGUACAGGAAGAGCUAGGACCACUCGAAUCAGUUUACACCGGCAUUGAACAAUAUCAAAAUAUCGCUUCAAAUAUGCAAAACUUUGAAGGUUUCUCACAAAUGCACAUGCAACCGAUUUAUGAACAAGUACCUGAAACUACCACCAAACGAGUCUUUGUCAAUAAUCAAGAGAUGAUACAGACAACUGUUGAUAUGAAACUUGCAACCACCACAGAGAAAUUAGUACUUCAUGAUGAACUGCCAAAGAAACCUACUAAUGUUGGACACAAACAUCCACCAGUACAUCAACAUAAGAAACCCAAUAAUGGUGAAACCACUAGUAAGCCAGUACAUACAAGCACUACCAAACGACCUCAAGUUACACACAACAAGCAGAAAGUCAAAAAGAAGCCUACAACUACAACAACUACUCCAGUACCAACAACAAUCACUACAACUUCAACAACAACAACCACUACAACAACAACGACGACAACACCUGCGCCAACUACAACCACAACGACAACUCCACUACCUAUCACCACAACAGCAACACCACCAGCUUCAACAACACACAAAAAGAAGCGUAAGAAGCCAACACGCCAACCUAUACAUAGUUCCACAAGUACCGGCACACACGUCAACUCUACAACUACUGGUAUACAUGGCGCACCCACGAAGCCUCAUCUGACCGCUAAUAAACGCAAACCUACAUCAAAACCAGGACUACAGAAGCAUAAGCCAAAGCCAACACAUCAAAUACAUGACAAUAAUAAACAACAUCCCGAUUUAGCAACAUCUUCAACGAUCAACCAUGAAACCGCACACAAACAACAACAGGUAGGACACCGUAAGCGACCACGCCCACACAAGAAAACCACUACUACUACCACCACCACAACAACAACUGCAGCACCCGUUAUUAUUGAGGAACAACCAGCUUCAAAUGAACCAAUAUUGAUUGUUGAACAGAACUUCCCUGGCCUUAGUCCACAGCUUUCAUUAUCAACAAAUCCAAUACGCUCUGGCAUUAGCACAAAGAUUCCUACUGCAGAGGCAACUACAAGCACUAAACUGUACACAACAACGACAAAAGCAACAACAAUAUUCCACACCCCAACUCCAGCAACUUCAACAUCAUUCUUUGCUGUUACUUCUGGUUAUCCCGUACCAGUUUAUAAUGUAGAGCAAGAACAGGAGAUAACUGAAGUGGAAUUCGAUAACACGAAAAAGGAAGAACUGCCAUCAUAUGCUAUUAUUCAAAAUAAGGUAGACACAGCUCAGAAGCCACAGCAGCUUGCCGAUGAAGAUGUAAAUGCACAUAUCUCGUUUGACCAAAUUGCACAGAGUCUUAAAGAUGACGCAGUCACUAAACCAACUGAGCCGACAUAUGAACCAAAACCAACUACUCCACAACAAAAUUAUAAUACCGCAGAGGAAAUAAAAGAGACAGCUACUAAACUACAUACAACUAUUGCACCAGCCAUUGCACCAGAGGUUACUACCACUCUAAGUCCACUCACUCUCUAUUUGGAGAGCAGUACGAAGACUUCGCAUUUUGGCGAUGAAGAGGGUAUGACCAGCCGUCCAUUUUCACAUACAACUUCAUAUCCUGAAAGUGCUGAGGAAACAACGAUUAGUGAAGAAGAUAAUACGCCUAUUGUUGUCAUCACACCACGUCCACAUUACUUCGCCAUAACAAGAAAACCAGAACCAUUGUCUGAUCAAACAAACAAGAUUGAGGAAUCACUGGAAAGCACAACAGUUCCACCAAUCUUUGCAGAUUCAGCCUAUACCACUGUUUCAAGUGCCGAAGAAGAACACGAAACUUAUGUUACCACCACUGAAAAAUCAACAGUUGUUCCAACUUACUUCCAAGCUUCAUAUGAGGAAGAAAUGAAAACAACUAUUGCGGAAGCUCCAAGUACAAAACGCACUACGCUGCCAGCACAAGCAACAAUUAGCUAUUUCAACGAUGUGGAUGAGACAACUACUGCUGCAUAUACCGAAAAGUAUCAACAGGAAACCGAAACUAACUAUGAGUCAACUGAAAGUGAUAAUGAAGAUUCGGGUUAUACAACACAAUCUUUCCUCAGGUUACCAGUUGCAGUGCCACAAAAAAUUGAUAGCAUUUUAGCUAAUGAAGAAGAUACCACAGAUGUAGCUCCAUUAAUAGCUGAUCUCAAACCACACCUUAAUAUGGAACUGAUUAAACCAAUAGAACCCAUUACAAUGUCCGACUUCCAAACACAAGCUGCAACAGUUGCUUCAACUCUAGUAGAUGGUUCCAAUACUUUAGCCGCGGACAUAAUUAUGAACUCCAACGAAACCAAAGAUGAAUUGGCUUUCCUUAUGUCCGAUGUCAUACAACAGAUUUCAAAUCAAGAUCAUUAUAAGCCAGUCAAUGAAAAUGACAACCGUCUAACAAACUUUGCGCAACUUAAUUCCUCAUUCCUUUUGAAACCAAUUGUCGUUUCUAAUACACAACAUAAAGCAGAAGUACUUACGGAUCCCACUAAACUUAGUGAUGAAGAUCAGCAAUACGGACAGCAAACACAUCAAACACUUCCUAACAAAACUCCAGUAACACAAACCACAGCUCCAAACAAAAAGAAUCCACUUUUAGAGGCCACAACUUCAACUGAUAAAAUACACACAGCAAGUGUAGUAGUAGACAAAGAAAAGGAAGAGGGAUAUGUGCAGAAUGUUAAGAAAGUAAUUAGCACUACAGCGGCGCCAAUAUUUGAUGAAAAAACUACAACAUUUAAAGUACCCAUUCUGUCCCUUUCUCAAAUAUACGCACAACAACAAGAAGACGAAGAUAACAUGGAAUUAUUGUAUGAGAAAGAAAAGGACAAAACUACAGAAUCUUCUGUGAAGUUGCAUAAGCCUGAGACUUUUGAAAAUACGGAAGAAACAAAGAAAGAAGAGGUUCAAGCUGCUAACGAUUAUACGAAUGCAAGUAAAGAGGUCACCUCGAGUGAAAAAGAAAGUAUUGAAAAAGAGAGUGGUGAGCCAGAGAGCACUGAAAAGGAAGAAUCUACUGAAAUGGCAGAAACUAUUUCAAAUCAACUACAAAACAACAAAACUGAACCCGAAGUUGAUAAAACUGUAGCAAUGAUAAAUGUUAUAAUGCAUACACCACAGGAACAAUUCACGACUGGUGAUUUCAGUCAGACAACGACUCCAAUACCUGCCAAAAAAGUUAUUUCUGAAGAAGAAGCACCACAGCAGAAUUAUGCUAUCAUGAUCAAUGCUAACGAAAACUCUGACGAACUACAAACCGCAGCACAAAACUAUCUGCCAGCAUCCAGCGAAAAUAUUAACAAUAAGGAUUCUGAAGAAGGGCAAUAUGCAACAAUGAUAAAUUCCAAUGAAAAGGAUGUUAGUACCAGCAGUAAUGAAACACCAAACAAAGAAGAAUCAAUAGAAGAACCAGUAAACUACCAACAACAAGCAAGUAACACUGAGAUCGAUAGUGCAACAAAUGCAGCCAAUAUACAACCACAAUAUAUUGCACAUCCAACUCCAAACACAGAAUAUGAACAGCAAUCAACAAAUGCAAUUGAAGUAACCGAAACUAUUGUCUUAAACUCACAGGAGGAAUCAGGCUCAGAAUCUAUAGAAGAAUCGACAGAAAUACCUGGUCAAACCACUGUUGUACUAAACGAAUCAGAUAUAGUGUUAAGUGCUGAAGAUGCCACAGAAGUUUAUGAAUCCACUACUUUAAGAAAUCAGUAUGAUGAAGUUAAGACAAGUAUUGAAGAUGUAAAAGAGCAAACUACUGAAAUUUCAGAAGAAACUGACACUGACAAUUCCAAUGAGGACCCAUAUGUAAAACUUGGUGAAACUACUGCUAAGCCUAUUCAAGAGAAUAAGUUACCAGCCAGCUCAUAUGAUUCUGUUGAAGACUCACUUAAAUCAAAGCCCGAAAAUGCUUACGAUACAUCCGCCUCCACACAAUCCGAAGUUACGUAUACUGAUUCAAUACACUCAACGCAACCACAGCAAAUAGUAAGCACUACCAAAACAACAACAACUGUAGUGCUGCCUGCAUCAAAUUACGAUGACCAAGCCGAUGAAGAAGACUUAGCAGAUCAAACAACUUACCAAGUACCAAAAUUACCUACUGCAGAGAGCACUUCAAGUACCACCACUACAACUACAAAGACAACUACAGCGAAACCUACCACAAUAACGACAAGACGCUUGAAUACAUUAAAACCAGUCUCAUAUUAUAAACAGCCAUCCAUGACAGCUUAUCAUCAAGCAAGUCCACCAAAGGUUAUUGCUUACUCCGCAAAUACACAACAAAACCGUCCUAUGCAGCGUCCCGCCUCACUGAAUAAUUUAAUGGCAAGUUCAGCACAAGCCACACGUCCACCAGUUAAACUGGAGCCAAGUCCAAAUCACUCUAAAGGCUUGGAAGCUUCAACAGCAAGCUUAAGUGAAGACAUAACCGAGUUUGCAAAACUCUGCAAUGAACUGGCUUUCAGCUACUGGAAGUCCAUAACAUCAGAGAAGAUUAGCUCAGCCAGAAGUUUGGUCAUAUCACCAUUUGCAUUAACAUCUAUGUUAUCAAUGAUGUUCUUGGGUGCACGCGGUGGAACUUCUGGAGAAAUGAACGAAGUACUUAGGUUAGAUGAUAUGGUCACUUUUAAUCCGCAUCUCGUAUUCAAAAAUAUAACUGAGUCCGUAGAGAGGGCAUAUGAUAGCGAUAUUGCAACAACUGCUUUUGUACGUGAAAUAUUCAGUGACCGUGCAAAUGGCAAAAUACUACAAUUCUUCAAGGAGAAGACACAGCAACUUUACGCAGGACAUGUAGAAGAAGUCAAUUUCCAUGUGGUCAAUGAUAUAAUACGCAGACGUACAAAUUUAUUAGUGAAACGUCAUACAAUGGGUAAAGUUUUAGAGUAUCUGCGUACGAACAGUGUUUGGGUCAAUGGACCAUUAGCAACAAUUUCAGCUAAUCUCUUUCAAACUGAUUGCUCGCAUGGUUCUACCAGUGAACGUGAUGGUGAAAUGUUCUUCCAAGUACAUCCAACGGUGCGACAACGUAGACUCGUGCCCAUACCAGCUGUACUCUACAAGAGUGGUUUUACUGCUGGUUAUGAACCAAAAUUAGAUGCAACUAUUGUAGCUUUUGGACGCCUGGAGGAUACUGUCAGUACAAUUUAUGUUAUGCCUGGACAUCAAAGUUCUAUUUCUCCAACAGAUAAUUUGGAAUUAUUCGAAAAGGAAUUAAUUGAAACAGCCUUUAGUAAAAAUGCUUGGAGCAAUAUACUCACUUCAUUGAUGGAUCGCCCUGGCAUGGAAGUACAACUACCACGUUUCUCACAUCGUUCAUUUGUGAACGCUUCACUUGGUUUACAAAAAAUGGGUCUUAAGGGACUUUUCAAUUCAGAUUUAGCUGACUUACGUGGUCUUACUGGUACUGGUAAUAAAGACAUAUACCUCUCCGAUAUGAUACAAAUUAAUACAUUCAGUACUUGUGGUGAGGAGAAAAUUUCUGAUCAUCAUCAUGUUGAAAUGUACCCCGCACCACCACUACGUAAACGUAACAAAGAUGUUGAUGCCACAGAUGAUGAUGCCUAUGACUCAUCAGAGUCUGUAAUAGACUUCGGUUCUUUAGUGCAUGAAUCCGCUUUAGGACGUGGUUUUUAUGAUGAUUUACUUGAUCCAAAAUACUUAGAACUACCAUUGCCAUUACGUCCACGACAGGCGCGUGUACCGGAUGCGCCUAGAUUACGUUUCGAUAAACCAUUCCUUUAUUUUGUGCGCCACAAUCCAACAGGCAUGAUACUCUUUAUGGGUCGCUUCAAUCCCAGAUUAUUGCCAUGAACUUAAUAGCAUUUUAAUUGCGCUUUUUUACCGCUUUAUCACGAGACUUUUCAAUUACAGGAAUCCUGCCCUUUCAGUAGUUCGUGCCCUCACCCCUACUCUCUCACACUAAUCGAUUUAUUAAUUGAUUUGCCAGAUUGCAAGUCAAAGCGCUGCCGCAAAUUUAGCAAA